CCUCUCCCCCAAAAAUAUAAUUGCACAUCCUUAAACUCAUACCAAACCUUCUGCCUGGGACUACACACUAUGAAAUCAGUGCGGCCUCACAUUCUAUAAUAACCUCCUCGUCCGAAAGGUAAUGAACUGCAGCAGGGCCGAGGGAAUGAUCAUGAAUAUAUUCGUCAUCGCUCUACAUUACGGAGUCUAACGGUAGCCGCUCCGUACGUUCUUGCGUCAUGGCGGGGUGCAUAUUUUGCAACAUCGCCCGUGGAGAGGAACCGAUGACAACUAUCCUGUAUGAGGAUGAGAAAUUUGUGUCCUUCCGCGACCAGCGGCCUGGCGCUCCCCAUCACUAUCUGGUCGUCCCCAAGAUGCACGUUGGAAACCCUUCAACACUGACCAAUAAAGACAUUCCAUUAGUUGAGUCCCUGGCUGAGGUUGGGAACAAGGUUCUACAGGAGCAGGGAGGGAACAUGGAGGACAAAAGACUGGGCUUCCACUGGCCUCCAUUCAACACUGUUGACCACCUGUGUCUGCAUGUCCUGUCCCCGACCAGCCAGAUGAGCCUCCUGUCCAGUACUAUAUACAGUACCACCUUCUGGUUUAUGACGGUAGAGAAGCUACUGGAGAAACUCGAGGCCAUGCCCGCAGAUCAGUAGGCCCCGCCAUCUUCAUCAGUAUUACAGGGACAAGAUGAAUCUAGGAUCUAGGCAAAGGAGUGUCCAUAGUAUAAACAGAGCAUUCUACAUGUAGCGCCUUA